AUACCAUGAUCAUGUGAUAAAGAGUGUUAGACGAAAAUGAUGUUCAGAUUGACAUAGCAACAUAAGCUUUGAUCAACAAGAUAAACAACAGUUUGAUUAAGGCACAUUUGCUUUGCCAGGUACAAGAUCCGAGAUAUUUGUAUGAAUAUAAAGAAGGAAGUUGUAAGAUAUUGGAUUAAUUUUUUUCCCGCAUCAGAAGAAAACUUGACUUGCUUGUACUGUAGACAGACUGUAACAAAAACAUGGAGAUGAAUUCUUCUAUGAUGACUGGAAAUCAUCACCACAUGCAUAAUAUGAAUACAACCUCAGCAACCACAAUGAACCAUAUGGACCAUGGACAUAUGGAUAUGGGCAAUGGUGGUACAGAUGGACAUAACCACGUGGGAAUGGAUAUGAACAACACAGAUCGUACCUGUGCUGGUGGCAUGUUGAUGUUUUUCCACACUGGGAAAUGUGAAUUUAUUUUAUUUGAAACACUGAGGACCAAAGAUGUUGGAGGACUUGUUGGUGCUUGUGUGGCCAUUUUUGCCUUGGCGAUCAUUUACGAAGGACUCAAAGUUUUCAGAGAAAUGUUACUUCAAAAAGCUAUGUUGACGGGAAACAAAUACGCAAUAUCAAAUGGAUCAUCUUCACAAGACACUAUGGUCAUAAGUAAUAAAAAUGUUGGCAGUAUGAAGUACUCCGAGUGGAAAAAUGGGGCCUGGGACGGGGCAUCUGGGUCACAGCCGCCAAGCCUUAACACGGAUGUGUCUUUUUGUUUGCACAUGAUGACGUGUAGUCACUUUGUACAGACGGUACUCCACAUGGUGCAAGUGUUCAUCAGCUACUGUUUAAUGCUGGUCUUUAUGACAUACAACGUCUGGUUAUGUCUGAGCGUGAUCCUUGGUGCUGGAAUUGGAUACUUUCUGUUCGGUUGGCGGAAGGCAAUAGUUGUGGAUAUUAAUGAACAUUGUCACUAACACAUGAUGCAAAGGACAGACCCAAUUACAGAUUUCCUGAUAAAAUGAACAAGAAACAGCAAUAAUUUUCAUUAAUUUUGCAUUCAGGACUUAAAGGCCCAUAAAAAUGAACACUUUGUUCUUUUCUCUUUUUUUUCAUUGUUCUUUGUGACCAUUUACAAAUAAUUUUGUGAUAUCAUUGUACACUUGUAUUUGUAUUUUAAGAAAAUGAAAGUUGUAUAUGCCGCUUUCUCGUAAUUCCGAGUCUUCUCAUUGACCCGAGCCUUUUGAAAAUUUGCACUUGCAGCUAUUUCCUGGUUCUAAAUUUUAUGUAUGUUGUGGUAAACAAAAAUAAAAAUAAAAUAGUAUUACUUGUAUUAAAAUAGAAAUAUACAUAACUGUUACAUAAAAUUUUGUGCCAAAAUUUGCUUAUCUAAAAUCACUGGGGUAAUAUAUAAUCUUCUUACAGAAAACAGAAACUUCUUAUUUUAAAACUUUUUUGUCCGCAAACACAAUAAUAUAUUCUGUUCUUAAUUUUAAAAAAGAACUUUUUUAAAAAAAAAGUCUUAGUUUUUGAGAUCUAGUACAAAUGAUCGCAAGUCUCGGUUCAACGAGAAAGCACCUGGCUGUUUCAGAGGGUUAGGGUCAUCAUGUGAAUUCCUGGAUUAUUCAUUGACAACAGUCCUUAGAAUUUUUCUUCAAGGGGAUUGUUUAAGUUUAGAUGUUGGAGUAUCAAACUGUAGCAAAAACUCAUUGGAAACUUAAAACAGUUACUGACAAGAACUGAAAUACCGGUUAAGGGGCUCGGAAUAACGAGAAAAAGGGCAUAACAAUAUUCUGGUAUUUCUGCUAUUCUUUUGAUUGUUUAUUAAUCUGUUUAAUUUAACAUAACAUUAUUAGAAAAGCAAGUUUAAUGUAACAGAUUGAAUUUAUUUUACAAUUAUAACCUGUUUAAUUUUCUUCUUGGAAAUGGUUUUAAAACAACAGUUUGAUUUGGCCUUAGAUGUUAAAUAGAGUUCCUGCUAAAGUAUCUCUUUUUAUGACUGAUAUUUAUAAACUUUAAGUGACAGAGCUUAAACAGAUUUAUAUUUAUGGUAGAACAGUAUGGUAUUCCUGAAGUUACACUUUUCGGCAGUAAUGUAAUAAGUUCUUUUAGUUGAAGAGUCAUAAUUAGGUCAUUAUUAUGUAUAUAGAUGCAAGAAAUUUGUAAUAGAUAAUAUAUUUUUCUGAUUUCAGAUAUGUAUAAUAUAUUGUAAUAAUGUUUUUAUGCCCCCUUUUGAGUAAGAGUGGGUAUAUUGUCUUGCUUGUUGGUUGGUCUGUGGGCCAUUUGGUUUCUGACCCAAAUUUCUUUGGGAAUCACUAGGUCAAAGGUCAAGGUCACCGUGACCUCGAAACUGAAAAUGGUUUCUGCACAGUAACUAAAGAACCAUUAGGCACACUGCAUUCAAACUUCAUAGAAUGAUUGCCUGUAUUCGGUAGAUGGGCGCCAUUGUGGGGGCAUAUGUUUUUAUGCACCCCAAAAGGGAAGAAUAUAGUUGCCACUUCGUCCGUCCCACAUUUCUUGUCCGGGAUAUUUCUCAGUUUCCACUGGUUGGAAUUUAGCGAAACUUCAUAGGAAGCUUCAUUGGAAUUUAGGGAAACUUCAUAGGAAAGUUCACUGUCAAGAGAUGCGCUUGUUGUCAAAAUGUUUGGGCCGGAUAUUUUUCACAGAGUUAUUGCCCUCCAUUAUAACAUAUUGUAUAUAUAGUGCAAUAUUGUUUAUACAUUAUUGACAGAUAUCAGUUCAUUAUGUUAUACUGCAAUAGAGAAAAUUAGGUGCCUUCUUUGUAUUGCAUGGCAAUACUUCAUUCACUUGUUCAACAAUAGUAUACUAUAGUACAAUUCUUGUCUGGAGUAUUUCUCAGCAACCGCAAGUUGGAAUUUAGUGAAACUUCAUAGGAAGCUUUACUAUCAAGAAGAGAUAUGUAUAUUUUCUUUGUGUUUCGGUCAGAUGGUUUUUUAUCGAGUUAUUGCUCUUUGAUUAUUCAACAACAGUGUAAUAUAGUACAAUUCUUGUCAGGAGUAUUUCUCUGCAACCAAAAGCUAGAAUUUAGCCAUACUUUAUAGGAAGCUUCACUAUCAAGAGGAGAUGGACAUGUUAUCUUCCUGUUUCGGUCAAAUGAUUUUUCACCCAGUUAUUGCCCUUUGAUAAUUUAACAAUAGUAUACUAUAGUACAAUUUUUGUCUGGAGUAUUUCUCAGCGACCACUGGUUUGAAUUUAGCAAUACUUCAUAGAGAGAAUUUAGCCAUACUUCAUAGAGAGAUUCAUCAUCAAGAGGAGAUGUGCAUAUUAUUUUCAUGUUCUGUUUGGAUGAUUUUAUACCAAGUUAUUGCCCUUUGAUUAUUCUACAGUAAAGACUGCCUUAAAACCCCUUGUUUUCAGCGACUUUCUGUCUACCACCUUUUUAUUUUCUCCUGAUGCAUUUCACAUUAAAGUUGGUUUGUUUCUAGCGACCCCGUCUGAUGUGUACAGCGACCGUGAUUUCUUUGCCCUGAAUCAUGACUUCAAACCUUUAUAAUGACUUAUUGACCCACUGUCUUAAAGGGAGGAAACUUCUCCAGAACUUUAAAAGAACUUUUAUAUCAGAUUUAUAUUAUACUAUGCUUUAAAAGGUCAUUUAAAAUAUUCCUGCUUUAUCUGAGUAUUGAUAAACGAACUAGAAUAUGUAUUAUUUGCCUAAAACCAAGACCUCUCCUAGUCAGAAUGUGUAUAGAGAAUGACCUUUUUGAAAUUCUCCGAAGGUUGGUCACUGUAGACAAUCUUUACUGUAUAGUACAAUUCUUUUCCAGAGUAUUUCUCAGCAACCACUAGUUGGAAUUUAGCUUUACUGACAAAAGGAGAUGCGCAUAUUAUCUUCAUGUUUCGGUUGGAUGAUUUUUCACUGAUUCAUUGCCCUUUGAUUAUUCAACAUUAGUAAACUAUAGUACCAUUAUAGUCAGGAAUAUUUCUCAGCAACCGCUGCCUGCAAUUCUGCAAAAUCCAUAGGAGGCUCCACUCUCAAGAGGAGGUGUGCAUAUUUUCUUCAUUAUCCAUUGGAAUGAGUUUUCAGUGAGAUAUUUCACUUUAAACUGUAUGUACCCAGUCAAUAAAUUCAACUUUUGUUCUUUUAAUAUACAAAUUUUGGGGAGCAUCCAUCGGUUUUACCGAUAUUUCUAUUUUACAAAUAGCUCUUGGUUUGGUAUUACUGAAUUUUGUAAACUGUGAUGACAUUAUUAUGUUCAUUGCUAUAGUGACUUUAGAAGCAGCAUAGCAGUAUUGCAAUCAGAACAUGUUUAUGAGUACAUAAUUUGAAUAAGCUACAAUUUAAAAAAAAAAAGAAGGAAAUUUCAGGUUAAAUCAAUCAUAGGCAUGUGUUCUUUCCUGGUAAUGACCAUUAUAAAACUAUUACUUGUUUAAAACUGCUUAGUGGUAUGUUAAUAUAGAUGACACAUUUUGCUUUCUGCAACUUUUGUGAUGUAUCUUGAACACACUAAAAAAAAAAUGUUAUUUUUUAAAUGGUUCAUAAUUAAACAAAAUGCAGAAACAUAUUCUUUGAAGAUUACUUAAAUCCCAUCAACAAAAACUGUUGUGUAUAUAUAUACGUAAUGAAGCAGAUAUAAUGUUGCAAACAUUAUGAAAUGUAUGCAAGAUUAUAAUAUGUUGGUAACAUGAAUUUUAAGUACUUUUAAUAUUCAAAGGGCAUGGACAGUGAUUUUGAAAUAAAACAUAAAAUAAUGCAACCACACCAGAACCAGGUGAACUCGGACUGAUUCAAUGUUGAUUUAUAUAGAAAAGGGGACCAAAACCAAACAUUUCACAUACAGUACAGGUUUAGCCUAAAAGAAAAAGUAUAAUCUUAAGAAUUUUUGAAUAGAACAAAUACACAAAAUUGGAGGAGUCUUAUUGAAAGAGUAAAUAAACCUGCUUAAAGAACUACUGGUGUUUGAAAUGUCUUUGUUUAUUCCAAAUAGUAUCAGUAGUGUUCUUCAGUCACUGAAUUAUUUUAGAUACGUUACUUGUUUGAUAAUAAUCAACCUUUAGAAUGCCUGUAUUUUUAUCUCGACUGUACAAAGAAUAAGGAGAGUUAUACUACUCACCACAGUGUCGGUGUUGGCACCACUCCUUGGUUAAUUUUUUUUUUAAAAGUCCACAUUUUGGCAAAACCUUUUGACAUAAUUAUAGCUUUGAAACUUUCAACAUUUGUAUACAAUCACCAUGUCCAGUUUUAGGCAAGAGUACAUAACUCCAUCAAGGAUUUUGUCUGAAUUAUGGCCCCUUUUACUGGGUUUCAGAAAUCUCAUGUAUGGAGCCCGGGUCCUACCUUAAAAUUAUGUCGGGCUACUAAAUUUUUUCAGAGUGUGACCACCAGGCUACCACGAAACCCUAUAUCAAGUGGUCAGGAAAUCAAUACUCUAAUCUUCAUGCAUAAUUUUGAUAGUUAUCUAAAAUCCCCUUGUUUAUCGGGAGAUACAUGCUGGAGGCAUUAAUUAACUUACCACCUAUUGUCACAGUCGGCAAACAUUUAACCGUUUUUAAUCGUACCCGGAGGCAAAUGUUUGUGUGCACAUGGGAUUUUACACUGAUCCAAUAGCAUCCAAGUUGCUAUUCCAUUGUGUUCAAAACAAUAAUUAUGCAAACCAGUCUUAAAAUUACGUCAUUUUGCCAUCACCUACCAAAGUGUACUUUUGUUUUCACUGACCUCAAUAUUUAUCGAGUUUUGAGAGGAUAUACAGGGAUCAGUGACAUUUGAUUAUGAGGGAGUUCAGUGCUUACAUCAACUUUAUGCUUUUUAAUUUAAAUACUUGCACAGAAUGCAAAAAUCAACCAUAAUUUAGCAAAAAUCGGAGAGUUCAUGUCAGAAACUAUACAGGAUUUCGGACAAACAUAAAUUCCUUUUAUUAAACUGCUUAUUAAAAGAUGUUAAGAAUCAGACAGAAUUAUUUGUCAACUUAAAAUGAUUUUAUAAGAUAAGAUGUUAAGAAUCAAACAGAAUUAUUUGUCAACUUAAAAUGAUUUUAUAAGAUAAAUUGCAAUUAAUAAGAAUUUUUGCAAGUUUAUAAAAAUUGAUUGACUUUCUUAUUAUGAUUGUCAUGUUGCAACAAUUAAAGGGAGAAAAAAGUUCAGUUUAAAUAGUUUUAUCUUCUAAAAUGAACAAAAAAAUGAGUGAUGAUAAUUGCUAUAAUUUUAGAGAACAAAAUCUAUAACAACAUAAUUUAUUAUUAUGCGUAUGGCUAGAAUUAUGAAACCCUAUAUUAAUUUAAGUAUUCCAUCCCAACUGUAGACUGUAGUAUCAAGCACUUAGCAAAGGAUCCUAAACGGUCAUUGCCGAAUAAACUAAAAUGUACGGGCUACCAGACAAAAAAAGUACCAGUAAAUUUGCAGAUUUCUUAAAUCCUGCUUUUGACUUAUAAUCUUGGUUAAGUUUUUCGUACCAGUUCAUAUUUUGUGUAAACUGUUUGAUAUAGUUAUGGCUUUGAAACUUUUAUCUCAUGUUUAUUAUGACAGUCUCUAUCGGAGGCAAGAGUUCAUAACUAUGUCAAGUAUUUUGGCUGAAUUGUGGCCCUUUUUGGACUUGCAAAGUUCAGUUUUCAUUAAAGUCCAUGUUUUGUCAAAACUAUUUGACAUGUGGCUUUGAAACUUUGAACAAUUGUUCAUUGUCAUAAUAUCCAUCUGUAGUCGUCAAGGGUAUGUAACUAUGUCAAAGAUAUUUGGCUGAAGUUUGGCCCUGUUUGGACUUGAUCAGUUAAAUUUUUUGUACCAGUCCAUAUUUUGUCUAAACUGUUUGACAUAUGGCUUUGAAACUUUGACCACUUGUUUACCAUCAUAGUCUCCAUAAUGUCGGCAAGAAUACAUAACUAGGACUGGAAUUUUGGCUCAGUUAUGGCCCUUUUUGACAUAGAAAUUAAGUUUUACAGGUACAUUGUUUGUCUUAUCUAGUAUUUUCCUUCUUUUGUAAAUCUCUGGUAAUAUUUUGACCCCCAUACUUACAUAAAUUCUUCAAAUAGGCGAGCACGCUGUCAACAGACAGCUCUAGUUUUUGCAUAUUGUGAGCAUAAUUACACUGUAUGGUCAGAUGCACAGUAGAAGUCUGUUUUAGAACUAAACUUUGUUUUACAUGUAGAACUAAACCUCAAGUCUGAUGUAAAACUUAACUUAAAGUCUGAUGUAGACCUAAAUUGAAGAAAUUUGAAUUCAGUUGUAGAACUAAAUAUUUUGAAGUCCGAUGUAAAAAGUUUAUUUAUUUGGUUUAAAAAAAGUUAAGCUGUGGUAUCCAUUUCAUUUAGAACUGCAAUUCAAGAAAUAUUGAUAAAACCACUGGGUUUUAUUGUAACCAGUAUAAAAACUAUUAGAUAACUUAGUUAAUACUGAUAGUAUUUAUUUUUUCAGAAGAAUAUUUUGGAGGAUUAAGACUUUGGUCUGUAAUAUUUGUAAACUGCUUAAAAAGCAUGAAUGUUAUGGUGUUUGUGAAGAGUAAGUCACCUGAAGAUGGUCUUAGUUACUUAGUUAGGACAUUGAUUUUCAUCAUAAUGGUUUUAAAGCUAGGACAUUGUUUAACCUUCCCAUAUGGUUGUGAGAAACAGUAUCCAAUAUUUUUACAAAUGUGAUAGUAAAAUUUUGUGUUCAGUCUUACAUGUAAAACAAUGUAUGAAGUGACAUCUUUUUUCUUGUUUGAAGGUAAAAGUUUGUUUUAGUUGCACGCAGUGAUUUCAUGAGGAAAAAUGAUUGUAAUAUUUCUAGACUGCUGAAAAGCAUGACAUUAAAGAUACAGUGCCCUUUUACAGCUGCAGUGUAUGGUGUCAUGUUGACAGCUGUACUUGAAGGUUCUUACAUGGUGCUCUACAAUAGUUGUAUAUGUAUCUAAGUCAUCGCUGUAUAGGGAUGCUUAACUGCCGAGAUCCAAGCUAAUUCUUUACAGGACUGUACUCUGGGAUAAACCACAGUCCCUAAAUGUGUGCAUAAUGUCAGUGUAUUCUGUCUUACAAAUAAACCAUUGUACAUGUAUAUUUUCAUUCAUGCCAUACAUAAUAAACACACAUUCCUUCAUAAAUAUGUUUAUUGAAUGAUUUAAUGCUUUAAGAAAAAUCACAUCAUAGUAGACAAAAAGGAUCUUGUCAGAUGUUUGAAGGUUGAUCUCUCCAACAGCACCUCAACAGCAAGUACUUCUUUACAAAUACAUAGUUACAUCAGUGCAAAAAAUGGUAAUUGUUUUAUUAGCUCACCUGUCACAUAGUGACAAGGUGAGCUUUUGUGAUCACCCUUCGUCUGUCGUCAGUCCGUCUGUGCGUCAACAAUUUCGUGUCUGCACGAUAGUGGUUUCAUUUAUGAUUUUAUUUUAACCAAACUUGCACACAACUUGUAUCACCAUAAGAUGACGGUUCCUUUCUUGAACUGGCCAGAUCCCAUUAUGGGUUCCAGAGUUAUGGCCGCUGAAAGGGCCAAAAUUAGCUAUUUUGACCUUGUCUGCACAAUAGCAGCUUUAUUUAUGAUUUGAUUUUUACCAAACUGGCACACAACUUGUAUCACCAUAAGAUCUUGGUUCCUUUCUUGAACUGGCGAGAUUCCAUCAUGGGUUCCAGAGUUAUGGCCCCUGAAAGGCCAGAAUUAGUUAUUUUGACCUUGUCUGCACAAUAGCAGCUUCAUUUAUGAUUUUAUUUUAACCAAACUUGCACACAACUUGUAUCACCAUAAGAUCUUGGUUCCUUUCUUGAACUGGCGAGAUUCCAUCAUGGGUUCCAGAGUUAUGGCCCCUGAAAGGGCCAGAAUUAGCUAUUUUGACCUUGUCUGCACAAUAGCAGCUUCAUUUAUGAUUUGAAUUUAAUCAAACUUGCGCAAAACUUGUGUCACCAUAAGAUCUCGGUUCCUUUCUUGAUCUGGCCAAAUCCCAUAAUGGGUUCCAGAGUUAUGGCCCCUGAAAGGGCCAAAAUUAGCUAUUUUGACCUUGUCUGCACAAUAGCAGCUUCAUUAAUGAUUUGAUUUUAACCAAACUUGCACACAACUUGUAUCACCACAAGAUCUUGGUUCCUUUCUUGAACUGGCCAGAUUCCAUCAUGGGUUCCAGAGUUAUGGCCCCUUAAAGGUCCAAAAUCGGCUGUUUUGGCUUUUGCAGCCAUAUAGAGACUUCAUUUAUGGUUUUAUUUGAUACAAACUUCCAAAAUGUCUUCAACAACAAUAAAUCUUGGAUUCCAUGACAGAUCAGAUCCAAUCGUAGGUUCCAGAGUUAUUUUAUAUCUGAUUACCUCCCCUGAUUGUAAUCAGAAUGGAUUUAUAUCAGUAAGUACUUAUAGGACGUAUUUGAAAUUUCAUUAUUGUUAUUAGUUGGAGUGAGGCAAUCAGGGUAGAUAACUAUGGACUGAUUUUAUGUCAAAUUACCUCCCUUUAUUUCAAACUAAAAUGGGUAUAUCUCCGUAACUAAUGCAGAUACUGAUCUGAAAUUUCAUUUAUGUCAACAGAUUUAUUUGGCAGAUCUUUCUUUUGUUCACUUACAACUUUCUUUUGUUCACUUACAAUAUAUAUAUAUAUUUUUUUUUAAUUACUUCCCUUUUUUCGUUACUAUAAAUAGCUUAUUUUUAGUAACUUUUUAAUUAUUGGCCGUAGGGAAAAACCGAGACCACUUUUCUGUGGUACAACAUGGAUAGUACCUCCAAUUUUUAGGUGUAUUUUGACACAUCUAUACCUUGUAAGAAUUUUUUUUUCUUUUUGUUUAAAUUCUUCCCUUUGUUGUUCCUGUCCUUUGGAUUUAGAUAUUUUUUCUGAGGACCUUCUUGUCCUCAAGUGCAAUGAUAACAGGUGAGCGAUAUAGGGCCAUCAUGGCCCUCUUGUUUUGUCAAUGCAUUUAUCCACUUUUUGGGCUAAGCUUUUCACUUUGUAAACUAAAUAUUUGUACAAAUUAACCUGUCUAGAGGUAUGAGGUAUAUACACAACGCUAAAUUUUCAUGGUUCUAAAUUUAAUUUUGGUCAUCAUUCUAAAUUUUGUUAAGAUUAAAAUUGACUGCUGCAUAUGGUGGGUGCUAAGAUCUCAGUUAUUUGGAUAAAUAUAAAGUGAAGGAUGAAUGAAAAAAACAACAUAAAAAACCCUGAUUUGAAAACAGUUCCCAAUGUUCUGUUAAAACAGAAAUCAACUUCCAUACAUUCAGAACUGGACAAGUUCUGUAUAUUUGUAAAACAUCUUUAGCAGAAAAUAGAACUUAAAGUCCAGUAUAAGCUGUAAAAAUCUACUCUUCCUAGAUUAUGUGGAUAAGAUUAGCCUUUUUUCUUAAAAAAAAUCUCAGAAAAAUGGAAAAAAGUGCUCUUGUUACUUCUUACAAUAAUAAAUAAACUGCAAGUUGGCUAAACUUCGUCUUGGCCUUCUACUUAUAUUAUGUUGAACAUAUCUUGGUCAUGGUACUGUUAUGUAUUGUUAAAUUAAUGUAUAGGUAACGUUGUAAAACCAUUGCAAACAAAAGUCACAAUUAUUUUUAUUGAUACAUCAAUGUAGAAAAAUGUGAUUUAUAAGAGAUUCAACAAAAUGUUAAGUUACUCUAAUGCAUGAAAAAUAUGAAUAAAGUUAUUUUAUUUUAUAA